AUGCCUUCGCCGAGCUGGAUCAGCGACGCAAUCGCGCACGACGCCUUGAGACACACCACCAGCGACCGCCACAGACGCUCGUCCGUGCUGGACUCGACCUGGUCGGGGAACGGAGACGGGAACUCGUUCAUCAGCAGCAGCGGGCUCGGGCUAUUAGUGUCGUCUUUUGGGCGGAACGGCAGCAGGGACCAGCAAAUGGACGAGUGCAGCGUAAUGAGCGACAGGUUGUUGAUGAAAUUGGACAGCAGCACGUUGCCGUCCACCAGUAUGUGGUUGUUUUCCACCGUGUACGGCUUGAACUCGGGCAACGAGGCCAUCUUGUUGAGCUGCGAGUCGUACUUGACCACGUUCUCGGGCAACAACGCGUUGCCGUAG